AAGUCUACAAAUUAAGUAUACAUUAGCAGUUUCUCCUUCCACAAGCAAAGAACACAACAACACAAACCCCCUUCUACGCAGGAGAGAGAAAGUGAAAGUGCAAAAGUUGAAGCCAUGGAAGCUCAAGAAGGUUCACAGAAUGAACACCUAAUUCUCGCCAAUAAGAUCUUCCUCCUCACUCAUCCCGAUGUUCAGGAUAUCGAGAAAGUUCGUCUGAAAGAUGAGGUCUUAUCUUCCAUCAAAUCUGACUUUAUGGCGUCGCUUUAUGAAACCCUAGCUGCGAAUGGAGUUUUGGAGUUGGAUCAGCGGGCUCUUGAUUCGAUGCGGAAAAGCAUUGAAGAAGAGCUUAAGAAGCUCGAUGAGAAGAUUGCUGAUGCUGAAGAAAACUUAGGUGAAAGUGAAGUUCGGGAAGCUCAUUUGGCAAAAUCUUUAUUUUAUAUACGAAUUGGUGAUAAAGACAAAGCACUGGAACAGCUCAAGCUAACAGAGACUAAAACUGUUGCAGUGGGGCAGAAGAUGGAUCUGGUGUUCUAUACUCUUUUAAUUGGAUUGUUUGACAUGGACUUCGAUCUGAUUUCCAAAAGCAUAGAUAAAGCCAAAAACUUGUUUGAGGAGGGAGGUGAUUGGGAAAGAAAGAAUCGUUUGAAGGUUUAUGAGGGGUUGUAUUGCAUGGCUACACGGAAUUUCAAGAAAGCAACAAGCUUAUUUUUGGACUCCAUUUCAACUUUUACAACCUAUGAGUUGUUUCCUUAUGACACAUUUAUAUUCUACACAGUCCUUACCAGUAUAAUAUCCCUUGAUAGAGUUUCUUUGAAACAAAAGGUAGUGGAUGCUCCUGAGAUAUUGACUGUUAUUGGAAAGAUUCCUCAUUUAUCUGAGUUCCUGAAUUCUCUCUAUGACUGUCAAUACAAGUCAUUUUUCUCCGCAUUUGCUGGCCUGACGGAACAGAUAAAGUUUGACCGCUAUUUACAUAGACACUUCCGUUAUUACAUGAGGGAGGUCAGGACUGUUGUUUACUCUCAAUUUCUGGAAUCUUACAAGAGUGUUACCAUUGAGGCAAUGGCGAAGGCUUUUGGUGUUACAGUCGAGUUCAUUGAUCUGGAGUUAUCUCGCUUUAUUGCUGCUGGGAAGCUGCACUGCAAAAUUGACAAAGUUGCUGGUGUUCUCGAGACCAAUCGUCCUGAUGCUAAGAAUGCCCUCUACCAAGCAACUAUCAAGCAAGGAGACUUCUUACUCAAUAGAAUCCAGAAGCUGUCUCGUGUGAUUGAUCUGUGAAGUUAGUAGAUAAUUAUGAAUCUUGCAGACUAUUACGCAAAGACAAGAUACGAAGAGGUGAGGGCUGAUGUGAAUUUGAGUUGGGUUGGCUAGUACACCUGAAAGAAAAAUUAUCAGUUAAAAAUGUUGUCAACCUUGCUGUACUAACCUGCUCAGUGCUCAAGCAGAUGAUUAUUUGCCUAUCAUUGUAACAAUCUGAUCAUUUUGCUAUGAAUUCCUGUCAAGGUGAUGAUGAUAAGAGGCUUAUCAGGAAUUCUAUCAGCCAUAGGAGUUCCUUUUUCCCAUUAAAUUGUAUGUUGGGUGUUCAAUUGAAUGUUUCUGUAUUUUUAGAUUAAA